AUGCACACUUCGCACGUCCUCAUCGCCGCUGCCGGCUUGUUGUCGAACGCGGUCCUCGCCCAGAGAGCGCUGCCGAAGCGCGGCGUCGACUGCUUCUUCUCGUAUACCCCAUCCAAGGGCGAUACCUGCGCCACUUUUGCUGCCAGCUGGGCCUUGGAUGUCGCAGAGUUCCAGAGCCUGAACCCGGGUGUCUCUUGCCCCAACCUGGACACCUCGAAGCAGUACUGUGUUCUGGGCAACGUCAACGACGACGGCCCGGCCACGAGCACGUCGACGAGCACUUCUACCAAGGCGCCGACCCCGACCACUUCCAAGACUUCGACCACCGCGGCCCCUCCUGCUUCCAGCAACAGCCCCGCCAUGCCUGGCCUCGCGGGCAACUGCGACGGCUUCCACAAGAUUGUCAGCGGAGACAACUGCGACGCCAUCAGCAAGAAGUACGGCAUCACCAGGAGCCAGUUCCUCGGCUGGAACACCGAGGUCAACAAGGAUUGCACCAACCUCUGGCUUGACUACUACGUCUGUGUCCACGUCUCGGGCGCCGGCUCCGGCCCGACCACCACCACCACGACCUCCAAGACGACCACGCCGCCCACCAGCCAGCCCACCAACUCUGGUCCCCAGCCGCAGAUGCCCGGCAUCGUCCCCAGCUGCAAGAAGUUCCACCUGGUCAAGGACGGCGAGGGCUGCUGGGCCAUCUACACGAACGCGGGCAUCACCUUUGAGCAGUUCCGCGCGUACAACACCCAGAUCGACGAGAACUGCAGCAACAUGUGGAAGGAUGUGUACGUCUGUGUCGGGGUUUAA